GAACCUUCAAAAGCGCCAUAACUGGGAACAGAAUAUAUCUCUUUUCUCUUCUAUCACUCUGCUUCUCACUCUUCUCUCUUUCUCUCUCUAUACAUGACGUUCUUUCGUUUCCAUGGAGCCUCCUGCACCUUCGUAUUCUCUCUUUCAUCUUAAUAAUCCAUUUUCACUUCAUUGCCACCCACAAAUGCACGAUCCCAUUUUCUUCUUCAUCCUCGUUCUAUCUCUCUCCUUCCUCUCCUUCACUUUUCUCUCUUUCUCUCUUUACAAACGGUUCUUGAAAACGCACAAACACACAAGGGAACAACCGGGUCUCACCCACAACCCGGAAAGGGUAGCUGCUGCUAACCAUUCUUCUGUGUCACGGGUCGUUGAUGAAGUGCCUCGACCCGGCGAAAAUAGCCCGACCCAUUUGACCCGAUCGGUUCUUUUGGAAGUCUUGCCUUCUGAUUCUGCGAAAUGGGCGAGCUUGUUCGAUGACCCGGAUUCGGUGUCUUCGGGUCAAGAAGGUCCGGGAGAAGAGCAGAGAGGGAAGAAGAAGAAGAGGAAGACGAAGAAGAAGAGAAUGAAUUCGGUAACCGAAGAGAAGGGUGAAGAGAGAGCGAAUACGGGUUCGGGUUCGGAUUCUGGGGUCCGACUUGAAUCCGCUUGCUUGUACCCGUUUACUUCUUCGGGUAGCGCUAUGCAGAGAAAGAUCAAACAGCAGUAUGAUGAACUUGUGAAAUGCAACGAGUCGAAGAAAUUGACACUGUCUCAGGUUUUACAGUUUGCUAAUAGUUUGGUUGAUGCUAGGAAUGAGCUACAGCACAAGGCUGAUGUGAUUCAACGUAAGUUUGUAAUAACAAAGGCUUUAUUAUGCAAGGCAGACAGAUCUUCUUUUGACCGCCUUCAUCAACAGAUAUACAAGCUAGAAUUAGAGCAAAAACGGUUAGAGGAGGAUGCUUUUGUUUAUAACUCACUUCAACAACAGCUUAAACUCUCACCAGCUUACCAGAAGAUGCUUGAAGUUGGAGCUUGCAUGGAGAAGGAAAAAUCAUGUGGAGAGGGAGAGAACAGAGAUGAUGAAUUUGCUGACAUUUCUUUUGAAGAAUUGUUAGCACAAGAGAAGAAGGAUUCAUAUUGGCAAAAAAAUGGGAAAUCAAGACUAUGCUCAAGCUAAUUAACACUACUAGUUUGGCUAACUGUAACCUGAGUUAGUUUAAUAUGUACAUCCAAUAUCUAUUAUAGUGGAUUGUCACAGGAAUGUUCGUUUUGGUUCUUUGCCUGUGCCAUUUUUGGUUGUUUAUGGAAUAUAGAUGAUACAUCUCUAUUGAGUUUCUUUUAGGAAUUUAUAAAGGGAA